AUGGUAAAAAGAAAGAAAUGGUUGGAUAGGGAAAGACCUGAUAUGGGGGACGACUCGGAUGAUGAUGAAAAUGUAGUUCCUGAUUAUAGCCUGGAGUAUAAUACUGGUGGUCGUGUGAGAAAUGGGUCAUUGAGCAAUAUAGUUUCUAACUCCGGAGUUGAAGAUAUGGAUGUCAGGGAGGAAAGGCUAAUGAAUUUGAGUGAUAAUGAAUCGGUGUCAAGCAGAAGAUCAAUUAAGAGACGUAAUUCUUUUACAGAGGGUAAAGUUGCAAAUAAAAGACUAAGAGACUCUCGUAGAUUUAUUUUUUUUCUGGGUGCUUUCUUAGGUGUAGCAAUGGCAGCAUAUUUUGGUUCUUAUCAUGUUCAUAGUAACAACAUUGAAUUAUUUGAUAAUAUGGUCAAUUUUGAAAACGUUAAGGACUAUCUUGAUGAUUGGAAAGAUAUAUUACCUCGUGGAUUUACAUCAUUUAUUUCGGAUAUACAAACUGGUUAUGCAGCUAACCAAUUACAAGACCUCGGUGAGAAUUUUGCUGUCGGUAGACAAUUAAUUAAGGAUAUGGAAUUAGAAGCAAAAUAUCCAGUCGUUAUGGUUCCAGGUGUUAUUUCUACAGGUAUUGAAAGUUGGGGUGUUCAAGGUGAUGGGGAAUGUGAUUCAUCACCUCAUUUUAGAAAAAGAUUAUGGGGUUCAUUCUAUAUGUUAAAAACUAUGGUAAUGGAUAAAGUAUGUUGGCUGAAACAUGUUAGUUUAGAUCCUGUCACUGGACUUGAUCCGAAGCAUUUUAAACUGAGAGCUGCUCAAGGGUUUGAAAGUAGUGAUUUUUUCAUUACAGGUUAUUGGAUUUGGAAUAAAGUAUUACAAAAUUUAGGUGCUAUUGGUUAUGAACCUGAUACAAUGGUUACAGCAUCAUAUGAUUGGAGAUUAGCCUAUUUAGAUCUUGAAAGGCGUGAUCAAUAUUUCAGUAAAUUAAAACAACAGAUUGAAUUAUUUUAUAAACUUACGGGUGAAAAGACAAUAUUGGUUGGACAUUCAAUGGGUUCACAAAUUGUAUUUUAUUUCCUUAAAUGGGUAGAAGCUGAGGGACCAUUGUAUGGUAAUGCGGGACCUGGAUGGGUAGAUAAAUAUAUCGAAUCAUUUGUUAAUGUUGCAGGUACAUUAUUAGGAGCCCCCAAAGCUGUACCUGCUUUAAUUAGUGGUGAAAUGAAGGAUACAAUUCAAUUGAAUGCAUUAGCAAUGUAUGGCUUAGAAAAAUUUUUUAGUCGUAAAGAAAGAGUUGAAAUGUUACAAACUUGGGGUGGUAUACCAUCAAUGUUACCAAAAGGUGGUGAUUUAAUUUGGGGUAAUUUAAGUUAUUCAUCAGAAGAUGAAUUACAUAACAAUACAGAUACUUAUGGUAAUUUUAUUAGAUUUGAGAAAAUUUUAGGUGAUGCUUAUGAACAGAAUCUCACAAUGGCUUCAGCGAUAGAUUUAAUUGAAACAGUAUCACCACCAUGGUUAGUUAAGAGAAUGCAUGAACAAUAUAGUUAUGGUUAUGCAACAACAGAAGACGAAAUGAAUGACAAUGUAAAAGAUCAUUCACAUUGGACAAAUCCAAUGGAUGUGCCUUUACCUAAUGCACCAAAUAUGAAGAUAUAUUGUAUCUAUGGUGUAGAUAAUCCAACUGAACGUGCAUAUGUAUAUCGUGAAAAUCACGCUAAUGAUACAUCAUCAUUAAAUUUAACAAUUGAUUAUGAUAGUGAUACACCAGUAUUUUUAACUAAUGGUGAUGGUACAGUUCCGAUAAUGUCACAUGCAAUGUGUCACAAAUGGGCUCAAGGCAAAUCACCAUAUAAUCCAUCUGGAAUGAAUGUUACUAUUGUUGAGAUCAAACAUGAACCAGAUAGAUUUGAUAUUCGUGGUGGUUCCAAGACUGCUGAUCAUGUCGAUAUUCUAGGUAGUGCAGAACUGAAUGAAUACAUCUUGAAAAUAGCAGGUGGCUACGGUUCAACAAUCAGCAACAAGUUACAUUCAAAUCUCACAAGCUGGGUGGCUAACAUCGACUUCCCAAUGUAA